UGUUCUUUGUCAUUGAAUGAAGUCCUGGACCAGAAGUGCAGCGCCAGCUUUAAAUGAAAGGCUGAAGCUAAAAGUUGUAUCGCCAGACUCACAGAAUGGCUGCAUGAACGGGAAAGAGGGUCAGGUGUGCAUUGCAUCAAUGGCGGAAAAUAAAAGCCCUGACGAAGAAUUGGAUAGUCACUCUAGUCUUGACUUGUAUACAGCCGAAAACAUGUCUGAGGACAGCUCUUCAGAGAGCACUGUGCCAUUGGUGUCUACAAGCAGUCCUCCUAACACCAACACUGGCCCUGCAGCUGUACUAUGUAUUGUUUGUGAGAAAGCAGCUGUGAAGUCCUGCCUGACCUGCCCAGGCUCCUACUGUGGCAACUGUAUCAGGCAGCAUCACAUAAUUUCAGCUCUGCGUGAACACAAGCUGGUGGAGCCAACAGCAGAAGUGGGAAAAAAUAAGUGCCAACAGCAUAACAGAGAACUUGAGUUUUUCUGCAAGACUGAUCAGACUGAUAUAUGUGUAGUGUGUCUAGCAAAACACAAUGGACAUGACAUCAUGACCAGGGACACAGACCAAGAUAAAAUGACCCCUUUGUGCAUAAGACAACUGAUUGAAAAAAGCAAACAGAUUAACAAAGGCAGCCCAAGAUGUUACUUGCUUAAGACAAGUAAAGCUGACAUUGACAAGCAGUCAUCAGUCAGCAAAAUGACUUUUGGGAUAAGAGACAACAGUAAACCAACUAAAACCAUCCUCAUAGUUGGAGAAACAGGAACAGGGAAAACUUCUCUCAUCAACACCAUGGUCAACUACAAUUUAGGGAUACAAUGGAGUGACAGAGUUUGGUUUCAGAUCACAGAAGAUAAGAAAAAGUCUCAGGCAGAAUCUCAAACAUCUACCAUCACUGUUUAUGAGCUGUUUCUGGAUUCACAUCCUUCAAGUCUGAGAAUUAUUGACACUCCAGGAUAUGGAGCUACUGAUGGAAUUCAGUUUGACAAGAAAAUUGCAGAUGAUUUGCAAGUAUUAUUCAAAUCUGAAAAUGGCAUUCAUGAAAUUGAAGCUGUGGGUCUGGUGGUGAAAGGAAGUCAGAAUCGCCUUACUCCGUUUCAGUGUUAUAUUUUUGAUGCCAUUCUGUCAUUGUUUGGUAAAGAUAUUGAGAAAAACAUUGUAGUUUUCUCUACACACUCAGAUAUGGUGCCUACUGCCAACCUUAUCAAUGCUCUCAAAGAAGCGAAAGUACCUUGUGCCAAAGACUCCAAUGGAGAACUACUUCUGUUUACAUUGAACAACCGUCAAAAUGAGACUUAUAAUGAGGACCAAGAAGAUUUCUUCAGGAGGUGUUGGGAAUUAGGAUACAAAAAUAUGGAGAAGUUCUUCGAGGUUCUGGAAGGCUUUGAAAAAACAGAGUUGAAGAUGACAAAGGGAGUGCUGAGAGAGCGCAAAAGGUUGGAGGCCUCUGUCUACAACCUACAAGAAGCCAUCAAGAUGGAGGAACUGAAACAGAAUAUGCUUAAGCAGACUCAAAAAGCCUUGGAGGAGAACAAAGAGAAAUGGGAGAACAAUGAAGACUUCAGUUAUGCGGUUGAUGAGCCUUACAAGGAAUUGGUCCCAAUUGAUUCAUCAUGGUGGCAUUUGACCAAAUCAGCCACAUGCUGUACCAGGUGUGAGGAGAACUGCCACUACCCAGGAUGCUGGUGGGUUAAAAAACUCUACUAUUGCAGCGUCAUGGAAGAUGGUCACUGCACUGUGUGCACAAACAAGUGCCCUGUCUCGGCUCAUGUCAAGCAGAAGAUGAUCUAUGAGUCUAAAACCAGAGAGGUGACUAAGGCUGCCCGUGAUUUGAUGCAGCAAUAUAAAAAGCAUGUGGAUGCUAAAAAAGCAUUUGAAAAAGAAUUAAAGGACACACAAGCUAAAAAAAAGAAGUUUUUGGAAGAAGCCUACCAAUGCAUCAUGAAACUGGAAAGCAUUGCUUUGAAAAAUGAUUCUUUUUCCACUAUUGAUCAGCUGGAUUUCCUGAUAGAGAAGAUGAGAGAGACAGGAGAUGCUGAGAAAGUUAAGACAUUGGAAAAACUAAACAAGCAAUAUGAGGAUUCAAACAAAAAAAGAAGGGGUUACUUGAAGAUUGGUCUUGACAAGAUUUCAGAAUGCUACAGCGCCACCCGAUCUUACUCCAGUGGUAAACCCACUCCAGGAGAAAAUCCCCCUUCUCCCCAUACGAACAACAGUGCAGAAGCAAGGAUGAGGAAAAAAACAAAACGGGAAGGAAAGAAAGAAAAAUAAUUAAAGAAAAACCAAUCCCUGGUUAUCGCUCAAAACUGGGCCUUUUAUGUUUCUUCCCAUUGGCUCUCUAAUAAUUGUCCAUCCCAUAUUGAAUCCUGUUGCUAAUUUUAGUCUAAUUUUCAAACAUUUGUUUUCUCUAUAGCUUUUACUUCAGAAUGAUUUUUUUCUCUUCUUUUAGGAUUCUUUUUUUUAGGAUGUUUCAUUUGUUUUUAAUAACAUUGUUCUGACGCUUGAAGUUAAUUGAAUUAUACUGACAUUGUUUUUAUUACAGUUAUUUCCCGCAUAUAAGCCGCAUUGUGUAUAAGCCACAGAACAGUGUUUUAUGCAAGUUAAAAGAAACAGAACCAUAUUAACACCAUAUUAACUGCCCCCCUGUAUUAACCUCAUAGCGGUAGAAAUUUUGCGAAAUCAUUGUAUAAGCCGCGGCUAAUAGUCGGGAAAUCACGGUAUUGCUCAUUAUUCCAUAGUUAUUGUUAUUAUAAUUGAUUGAAUGACUUGUUUAUUUACUAUUCUCCUAUUUAGUCUUUGUUUAUUUUCAUUAGCUUUGCUUAUAUUGAUAACAUAAACUGUUUACACACAAUAGCAACAUAAACUGUUUAUGUUGCUAUUCCCUUUAGUCGACACUAGUCUAAUCAACUGCUACAUUUGAAUUAUUGUAUUGUUUUUGUUUGUAUGUUGCCUUGGACAAAGGUGUCUGCUAAGCAACCAUAACCAAAACCAUGAUAUAUACGUAUAUACAGUCUGUGUUCAGCCUUUAAUAUGUUAUAUUAGUUGAUUCAUGAUUGAUUAUAUCUGAUAAUUAUUGAUCAUACACCUUUAGCUGUGAAUCACUUUUCUAAUUGAAAAGCAC